GUUGCUUGCAUCAGGAAAAGAAUUCUGAGGAAGUGAGAACUAGAGAAUGGCUUGUUGGCCAUGCAGAAAUGAAAUAUUUUUUUUAACAUAUUGGAUGAGCUGAGUGGGGGGAAAAAAAAAGGUUUACUUUCAUUGCAUUACUUUCAGUACAGCAGUUACCAUCAUAGCUUCACUUAUUAGCAUGGGUUUAGGGUUUUUUUAAGCUGAAAGUGGAAGGAGAGAAAGGGUUUUGACAAGUUCCAUUUGUGAAAUGAUACGAAGUUUGUAAAUGCAUUAUAAGUGCUCCAGCAAAAUACAAUUUUAGUAAUAGAACUGAUGAGCUGUUUGUCAGUUCAUAAUUUUUAAAACCAACAUACUGUUUAUGAAGGUCCUUUUUCAGAUAUAUGGUAAACCAGAUGAGUUUAAGCUGUAAUUGUAUUUUAUCUUCUGGCACAAUGUCAGAAUACUGAUUUCAGCUGGUAAUCUUUAUAGUAGCAGAAGUGCUCCUGUGCUGAAGAUGAGUAAUGCUUGGAUCUAGCAGAGCUAGGAGGAAACAAUUAAUGUUUUUUCUCUGUUAGCAGAGUUGUACCAAGGAGUCCUCAGUCUGAGGUGUUGUAAUCCUGCCUUGUAGUUGUGCUUUUCAGGGAUAUAAUUGCUAAAAGUUCCUGUAUGGAGAGAUUAUUAAUGAAGUUUCACCAGUUUCAGCUUUAUACUUCCAGUGAAACGUAGAAUUUCAGUUAGUCAUAGGUGUAUAAUGCUGUGAAAUAUGUUUAAUAACAUGAAGUGUUUAAAUAAUUACUUUGAAAAAGCUUGAUGAAUUUUUAAAAUAUAUUGAUGUCCUCUAGAAACUUCCACAGGAGUUAUGAUGCCACUAGCACUGGGUAUUGUGUCAAGGAGGUCCUGAGCACCAGGAGUAGGUGCUUUGAGAUGAGAAAGGAGGAUGUAAGGAGGCCUGGGAUAAGUCCUAUUGAAUGGGUAUGAGGGUGGAACUCUUCAUGUCCUCCUAGCAAAGUCUGAAAUCCUUAAAGCAAUGUAACUUUUGACGUAAUACAUGAAUCUGAAGUUCAAGGACAGCUCCCCCACCCCCAUGGUUUAUGUACAUAACGUUUUCUGGUGAUAUACCUAGUUUAAGAACUAUUAACUCUUCUUCCCAGAUUUUAACUGAUUCUUUUAACUUUUACCUAGUAUCUUGGUUUGAAAGAGCAAGAACAUUUGUGACCGUCAUUGACCCAGAAAAUAAUAAAUCUUUGAUGUCACUUCUUGAAGACUUCUUUGACUCUGCAUUGGUGAUUUGCAAGUGCAGCAAUGAAGGGAAGAAAGAACUGGUGAAUUUAUUUUUACCUGAACUAGGGAAUCUAGUGACAGAAGCAGGUAUUUGCUGCGCUCUGCGGCAGGAGGCUUUGAGGACUCUCAACUCUAUACUUGACAGUGUCUCACGGGAGGAGAGAAAGAAAUUCCCUCUGUCUGAAGAGAUGUGCUCACUCACGCAAGACCUUGCAAAAACUAUACUGGAGGUUGGUGAUUAUGACCUUCAGGUUGCCCUUUCAGAAGCACUUUGUAGGUUAAUGACAAAAAAAUGGAGGGAUGACCUUGUUCACCACUGGUUUGAAGAUAACUAUCUUGCUGAAGCUUUCAAAGAGAUCAAGGAUAGAGAAUUUGAGACGGACUGCAGAAAAUUUCUUAACCAGCUAAAUGAAAGGCUUGGGGAUGACAGAAGAGUCUAUUCAUUUCCUUGUAGAUCUGCUUUUGCUGACAUGAAAGAGGUGAAGAAGCCAUCAGACGAGAAGCUGGAGGACUUCUGGAUCGACUUCAACAUGGGCAGUCAGAGCGUGACUUUCUAUGUGGACAGUAAUGAGGGUGCUCUUUGGGACUCUGUGCGGCUGUCGAAAGAUGCGGUCAGCAGUUACAGCCUGAAGGAAGAUGAUGGAGAAAAGAUUGUUAAAAUUUAUAUGAAAAUUCCUGCUGCUUUUAACAAAACAGAAGCAACAAAAAUCAAAAUAACUUUUAGUGCUGAGUUUGAAAUCUUAAGUAUACUUAAAAAAGUCCUGGGAGAUGAAAAAAUGAUGAUAAAUGUGUCUGAAGAGGAGUCUAUCCGUGCUGGGAAGCAAGCCAAUCAGGAUGAAGCAGUGAUACCAGAGUCAACUGAUCCACAGCGGGUGAAAGAUCCUUCAAACUCUGGAAACACAGAGGCUCUAUCAGACAAAGCCUUUCAGCAGAGCCAGCAGUUAACAGGCACUGUAGCAAAGGGUGCUACCCGGGUAACAAGAAAGAGAACAAGAAGUCUGGCCAAGCAGAAGACUGAAGGCAGGAAGGGAAUCUAUGACUUUGAAAACUCAGACUCUGCAAGUCAUGAAAAGGUUGCUGAAGCCAAAGCAAAGAUUCUUGGCCAGAAAGCCUCCUCACAAAAGCAGAGGAAUUAUGAAACAAGAAACAGGAAUGAGGAAUCAAGCAAGCUUGAGCGAAGGCAGUCCAGUUACAGGAAGCAUCUUUUCUCUGAAAGCAACAAUGAAAAUACAAGCACUGGUCAGAGUGAAAAAAGCUGGAUCCUCGAUGCUCUGAAACAACCAUUGCCAAAAUUCCUUGACUAUACCCGAAAAAGACCCAGGGUGAGAAGCAGAUUAAAAGUGCUUCCAAUGUCUUCCGCAAGUAGUGGCAGUGAUGACCAGAUGAAGAAGAGAGCAUCAAGACAAAAAGCUCAAGAGGAGGAGAUGCCAGGGAAAAAAAGCACAUCCAGCUCCAAGGGAGACGAUUUGCCUACAGUGAAUCUUGAUGAUGAAACACCCUCAGAGAUCGAAGGAAGUCCACUAUUACUUGAUGUGCCUGACGAGGACUCUUCCAGUGAUGUGGAGGCCACGCAGAAGUUUCUUGAUGCAUUUGGCAAAUGGUCAAGAGAAGAAGAAAGUUCUAAGCGGAAGGACUCAGAUAUAUUAAGUGGCACUAUCAUAAAAAAGCCUAAACUGUCCAGCUGGGAAACAAGUAAUCUGUCUUCUGACAUUUCCCUUAAACCAAGGAAAAUUUUUAAUUCAGGAGAGAAUGAAGAGGAGUUCCAACCAGGUCAGGAAAUGGAUGAUAGUGUGGAUAAUGCAUCUUUUUCCAAGAUGCUAAAUGAAGACUUCACUGAUUCAGGGAUGGUUGCUGCAUUUGAAAACUUUAUCGGCCAGCUAAAGAAAUCGUUGUGGUCCCGGUACAAAAGGAUGGAGACCACAGCGCAGAACGCCCUGAGGGCUUCAGAGAAGAAUGUGUCCACCCUGUUGAACCAGAUACUUGAGAGCAGGCUCAGUAAGCUGGAGACCUUACAGAAGAUUGUUGCUGAAGAGCUUGCCAAUCUUGAGAAGGAAACCCAAAUCUUGACAAACAUGGAGAAGGAUGCAGUGGACUUCUGGAACACACAGUUGUUCAAACUGAAUUCAUUCUGCAACCAGCAAAAGCAAAGAAUUCAGUCUGUUGAUUCGGCCCUGGGUGAAUCAGCAGAGAGUUUUGCCAGCACUCUCCAGAAUACAACGUAGGAACCGCCAGUGAAGAAGGCAGUAGAAAACAAUGUGUUCGUUGUUCCUUCUGACUAGCAAACCCUUGUGCUCUCAAGAUUUGACCACAUUAAGAGGCAUAGAGAAGAUGGUCCUCUGCAGGAUGUUAAUCUAUUUUAAAUGAAAAGAAGAAAAGAGGAAAGAAAAUAACAUUGUUAUUAAGGCUUUUUUUUUUUUUCCUAAAACCUAUACACGCUGGUGAGUGGUCCAGUUUUGACCCCUAUGUUCAUAAUAUCAAAUUUUUCUGUAAAAUUGCAAAAUGGGUCCAUUAAAUACCAAAGAAAUAGAAAAUGAACUAAAUACCACAAUUUAGCCAUCAAAGCUGAUGCAUAUACUGGCUUUUUUUGAGUAUUCUGCUGAUACCUUUAUCAAAUGUAAAAGCAUUUAAUGACUGAUUCUAAGUAAAAUAUUGUU